UAUCACUUUCUUUCUCUCCUUAUAGCUAGAUAAAACUUGUGAAACCCUGAAAGCUGAUCUACAUAUCAGAAGUUAAGAGUUUUGAUUAGUGAAAGUAAUGGCCAUAAAAGAGAGAUCAUUAGAGGAGACACCAACAUGGGCUGUUGCUGUUGUUUGCUUCGUUCUUCUUUUCAUCUCUAUCAUGAUCGAAUAUUUCUUGCACUUUAUUGGUCACUGGUUUAAAAAGAAGCACAAGAAGGCUUUAUACGAAGCUCUUGAAAAGGUUAAAGCAGAAUUGAUGCUACUGGGAUUCAUAUCGCUUCUACUUGUUGUAUUGCAAACACCAGUCUCCCAAAUUUGCAUCCCAGAAAGAAUUGCUGCGACUUGGCAUCCUUGUAGUAGCCACCAAGAGAGCACUAAAUAUGGUAAAGAUUAUAUCGAUGAUGGUCGCAAAAUUCUUGAAGACACUGACUUCAGCGACUUUUAUAGUCCUCGUCGAAGUUUAGCCACCAAGGGCUAUGACAAAUGCGCAGAAAAGGGGAAAGUAGCAUUAGUAUCUGCAUAUGGUAUCCACCAACUUCAUAUAUUCAUCUUCGUGCUUGCUGUAUUUCAUAUUCUCUACUGCAUUAUAACCUAUGCUUUGGGGAAAACCAAGAUGAAGAAAUGGAAAUCAUGGGAGAAAGAGACCAAGACAAUUGAGUACCAAUAUGCCAAUGAUCCAGAGAGGUUCAGAUUUGCAAGAGAUACAUCGUUUGGACGUAGACAUCUGAAUGUAUGGAGCAAGUCUUCCUCUACCCUCUGGAUUACAUGUUUCUUCAGACAGUUCUUUGGAUCAGUGACAAAAGUGGAUUAUCUUACACUAAGACAUGGCUUUAUAAUGGCGCAUUUGCCAGCAGGUAGUGGAGCUCGUUUCGAUUUCCAAAAGUACAUUCAAAGAUCUUUAGAAGAAGAUUUCAAAGUUGUUGUCGGUAUAAGCCCAGUGAUAUGGUUCAUUGCUGUCUUAUUCAUAUUGACUAAUACACAUGGAUGGGGUUCCUAUUUUUGGCUGCCUUUCCUCCCUUUGGUUGUGAUAUUAAUAGUAGGAGCAAAACUUCAAGUGAUAAUAUCGAAAUUAGGAUUGAGGAUUCAAGAAAAGGGAGAUGUCGUUAAAGGAGCUCCUGUGGUUGAACCUGGUGAUGAUCUCUUUUGGUUUGGUCGUCCUCGUUUCAUUCUCUUGCUCAUUCACUUGGUUCUUUUCACGAAUGCAUUUCAACUGGCUUUCUUCGCUUGGAGCACUUACGAGUUCACACUCAAGAACUGCUUCCACCACAAAACAGAAGAUAUUGCAAUCAGGAUCACCAUGGGGGUAUUGAUACAAGUUCUGUGCAGCUACAUUACUCUACCUCUCUAUGCUCUUGUGACUCAGAUGGGAACUUCAAUGAGACCAACCAUAUUCAACGACAGGGUAGCCAAUGCACUGAAAAAAUGGCAUCACACGGCCAAGAAACAGACCAAACAUGGACACUCAGGGUCCAACACACCUCACUCAAGCCGCCCAACCACGCCAACACAUGGCAUGUCACCGGUGCAUCUCCUUCACAACUAUCAUAACCGCAGCCUUGACCAACAAACCAGCUUCACAGCCUCUCCUUCUCCUCCUAGAUACUCUGAUUUUGGCGGAAACUAUCAAAACCACGGCCUUGAUUAUCAAACUAGCUUCACUGCCUCUCCUUCUCCUCCUAGAUUCUCUGAUUUUGGCGGCCACGGCCAUGUCCAUCAGCAAUCCUAUGAUCUUGAAUCUCAGAAUGUCUCUAAUCACCGUGAGAUCACAGAAUUUGAUAACAGCAAUAGUCAUCAUCCGCAUGCUGACGUAGCUAGUCUUGUUAGAGAAGAGAGAGAGAUUACUGAGCAUGUCAAGGUUGAUUUGUCAGAGUUUACUUUCAAGAAGUGAUAUGAGUUCUAUACUUUACCUGUUUGUUCAUUCUUUGUCAGUGAUAUAAACAUUGAAAUGAACACUUUUUCCUUUGUUGCUGUCAGAACAAAUAUUAAAAAGUUUAUAAUAUCAAAUCAUUUUGAAUGA